AUGGCGGCUCCGGCUCUGCCCUGCUGCCUGUCCCUCCUCAUCCUCCUCUUGCCCCUGGCCAUCCCUCAGGCAUCUACAUCAGUGAACGCCAGCCCCACAAGCCACAUUUUCACGGCAUUUGCUUCCAACAUCACAUGCUUCUACAACUCGAGAGCCAACGUCUCUUGCAUCUGGAGCCAUGAUGAGGGCCUGCAGGCCACCACCUGCUGCUUGCACAGCCAUCAGCCUAAGAGGUGCUGGAAACACACCUGUGAGCUGCAACCAGUGAAGCCGGGAUCCUGGGCAUGCAAUCUGGUUCUAGGACAAUCUCCAGAAGCUCAGAAACUGACCGUAGUGGACGUUAUGAAACUGACGGUGAUGUGCUCUGAAGGCGGGAAGUGGAGGAAGAUGAUGACCCACGAUAUCAAGCCCUUUGAUUACAUUCGUCUGGUUCCACCCCACUCACUCCAAGUCGCCCACGUAGAGAUGCAUAGGUGCAACAUAACCUGGACCAUCUCCCAGGUAUCCCACUACAUCCAAAAUGAUGUGGAGUUCGAGGCCCGGACUAGGUCUGCGGGCCACAGCUGGGAGGACACCCCACUGCUGACCCUCAGGCAGAACCAGCAAUGGAUCUACCUGGAGAAUCUCGCUCCAGGCAUGGAAUAUGAGCUUCAGGUGCGGGCCAAGCCCCAGCUAAGCAGGCAUGAGGUUUGGAGCCACUGGAGCCAGCCCCUGGCCUUCAGGACGGUCCCUGCAGAAACCAGGAAGAAAAUCCCACCUCUCCCUUGGUUGGGCCACAUCAUCCUGGGCGUUGGCAGUUUCGUCGGUCUUGUCCUCUUGGUUUACUUUCUGGGCAACUUCCGGUGCAUCAGGCUAUGGCUGAAGAAGGUUCUGAAGUGUCACAUCCCAGACCCCUCGGAGUUUUUUUCCCAGCUGAGCUCUGAGCAUGGAGGAGAUUUCCAGAAGUGGCUCUCCUCACCCUUCCCCUCGUCCUCCUUCAGCCCCAGUGGUCUGACCCCCGAGAUCUCCCCACUGGAGGUGCUGGACAGGGAUGCCAAGGCCACACAGAUGCUCCUGCUUCAGCAGGACAAGAGCUCACCAUCCUCAGCUGAGACCAGCGGCCACUCGGUGACCAGCUGCUUCACCAACCAAGGCUACUUCUUCUUCCGCCUCCCGGACGCCCUGGAGAUUGAGGCCUGCCAGGUCUACUUCACUUAUGACCCCUGCACCGAGGAGCUUGAUGCGGGUGGGCCCAGGGCCCCCGAGGGAGCUCUCCUUCCACCCCUGCCGACUCCACCAGGGGAUGACGAUGCCUACUGCACCUUCCCCCCCGGGGAAGACCUGCUGCUCUUCUCUCCGAGUCUCCUCAGUGGCCCAGGCCCCCCGAACACUGCCCAGCAGGGCACUGGGGCUGGUGAAGAGAGGCUGGCAACCAGCCCACAGGAGGGAGUCCCUGGAGACUGGACCCCCCAGUCCCUGGGGCCUCCUGCUCUGGAAACCCCUGACCUGGUGGAUCUGCAGUCACCCCCAGAGCAUGAGCUGGGAGAAGCAAGAGAGAAGGUGCCUGACCCCCAUCCAAGGGAGGGGACCAGCUUCCCCUGGGUCAGCCCUCCCAGGCAAGGCCAAGUCUGGGCCCCCAUUACCUGCCUGACCCUGAACACCGAUGCCUACCUGUCCCUCCAAGAGCUCCAGGAUCAGGACCCAGCUUACUUGGUGUAG